CACAGCCAGCUCCGCUUGACAGACAUGUAACUGACAGCCAAUCAGAAGCCAGGAAUAGUCAGGCGUGGGCAGGCCUUGAGAUGACAGAUGCAGUUUUACCAGAUGAGUACCAAGCUGCUCAGGGACACUGUCGGUGAACUGAACGACAGUUUAACCUCGGUGGUUCUGGCAGGUUUGUUCUUCACUCUGACAGUGGGUUAUGUUUCCAAACGACUCCUCAGAGAGUCCUCAGACAAGAACCUGAAAUAUCCUCCUUACAUACCCUCCAGCAUCCCUUUCCUUGGACAUGCCAUUGCAUUUGGGAAAAGCCCCAUUGAAUUCCUUGAAAAUGCUUAUGAAAAGUACGGCCCUGUGUUCAGUUUCACCAUGGUGGGGAAAACCUUCACCUUCUUGUUGGGCAGCGAUGCGGCAGCACUGAUGUUCAACAGCAAGAAUGAAGACCUGAACGCAGAAGAUGUCUAUUCCAAACUGACCACUCCAGUGUUCGGCAAAGGAGUGGCCUACGAUGUGCCGAACCACGUUUUUCUGGAACAGAAGAAGAUGUUUAAAACUGGACUGAACAUUGCUCGUUUUAAGCAGCAUGUCAAGCUAGUUGAAGCAGAGACCGUUGAUUAUUUUCAGAGAUGGGGAGACAGCGGCGAGAGAAACCUGUUUGAGGCUUUGUCAGAGCUGAUCAUUUUAACAGCCAGCAGCUGCCUUCAUGGGAAGGAGAUCCGCAGCAUGCUCAACGAGCGAGUAGCCCAGCUUUAUGCCGACCUGGACGGAGGCUUCAGCCACGCCGCUUGGCUCCUACCCACCUGGGUGCCCCUGCCCAGCUUCAGGAAACGAGACAAAGCUCACCUAGAGAUCAAGAAAAUGUUCUUCAAGGUGAUCGAAAAACGCCGUCAAUCUGGAGAGAAAGCAGAUGACAUCCUGCAGACCCUCAUCGAUGCCACCUACAAAGAGGGUCGACCAAUGAACGAUAACGAGGUCGCAGGGAUGCUGAUCGGUCUCCUGCUGGCGGGUCAGCACACCUCGUCCACCACCAGCGCCUGGUUGGGGUUCUUCCUGGCCCGAGACAAAGCUCUGCAGGAGCACUGCUACGCCGAGCAGAAGGCGGUGUGCGGAGAAGAUCUGCCUCCGCUCGACUAUGAUCAGUUGAAGGAUCUCAGUUUGUUGGAGCGCUGCCUAAAGGAAACCCUGAGGCUCCGCCCACCUAUAAUGUCCAUGAUGAGGAUGGCUCGAACACCUCAGACUGCUGCGGGGUACACCAUCCCAGUGGGUCAUCAAAUCUGCGUCUCCCCAACCGUCAACCAUCGUCUGCGGGACACCUGGAUGGAGAGGAUGGAGUUCAACCCUGAUCGAUACCUCAACGACAACCCUGCUGCAGGAGAGAAGUUUGCCUACAUACCGUUUGGAGCCGGGCGUCACCGCUGCAUCGGCGAGAACUUCGCUUACGUUCAGAUCAAAACCAUCUGGUCCACACUGCUGCGCAUGUUUGAGUUCGACCUUGUGGACGGAUAUUUCCCCGCGGUCAACUACACCACAAUGAUCCACACCCCUUACAACCCCAUCAUCAGAUACAAGAGGAGGAAGCAGUGAAGACACGAGGGAUCUUUCAGAGAAUAAAAAAAUGAAGUUCUCACAUCCUGGGACUUGAUUUGAGGAAAAUACAGAUUAACGCACUUUUUUUUUACUAUUGUAAAAGCUGUGUUUUCACACUUAAGUACUCAAAUCUAAAUCAAAAUGUCAGAAAAAUCCAAUCUAUAGAUACUUCCUGAUUAAAACACAUGACUCUGUUACUCCAACUUCAAAAAUAUCACUGGUAAUCAAUGAGUUUUAAAAGGGAAAAUAGAACAGCGUUUAGACAGGAUCAUGUUUACCACUGGGCUGCAUCAGUUUUUCUUUAAGAAAAACUGUUUUCAUGUUUGGGAACUGAGGAGACAAGUUGCUGUGAAAAUGUUUAAAUUGAAGAGUUGACUGAAAAGUUGAAUAGAAUCUUGCACACCUUUAACAUUCUUUAAUAUCCUUGUUACAGCUUUGAAAUGAGCUGCAGAUAGGAUUGAAUUCAAAGUAAAUGUAUGCAAUGAACAUUAAAAUUUUGUACUAGUCUCAACUUUUCUCCUUUUAAAUAUUUGGUUUUGUGUCUGUCUUUUACAAACCUGAACUGCAGUGAAUUAAAUCACUAAAGUGUGCUUACAGAGAGAAGAGAAACUUUUGUAUCUGAAUAGAGAUUUUAGUUGUUUUGUUUUUUUGCAAACAUGACCGAAGAAUGUGAUGUUUGUUGGCUCUAUGUCCUUUUAUUCCAGUUUUAUUAAAUAAACAACAAAAAAGUGUAA